GGUGGCAGGCUUUGGCGAGCGACGCCGCAACUCCAUGGAAUGGCGCCACGAGCGGGCCGCGGCGGGGUCCGAGCCCUGCUCGCCACCGUUUCGCAACUCAAAUUUAGCAUCGCCAACCAACCUAUCACUUGUGUCACUAUUCGCGUCAUUGCACGCAUGCUGCUGCCCUCUAACUCAUUUGCUCAAUCUUCACUCCACUUUGUCGGGGAUUUUGAUAUCACUGCCGAUCGCGGUGCGAGAUGAGGAGGGUCCAGGAGGAGUAGGAGUCUGUGUUCUCCUGCUACGUUUAAUGUGUUCACGACUGCCUCAGGACGGGCGGCCUGUCUUGGAGCACCUCGAAGCUUACCUCGCUCGCAGGGAUGGUGUCGAUAAAGCUUUGAAAAUCCUUCGGUACUCCACGAAAUUGUUGCUGGCGUCGCCGAUCGCGCCCAAGGAUCCGGAGGUGUAUGGAAGGUUGAAAGAUUUUGAUGCUAGUGUAGGCAGUAGCCGGAAGGCCUUUCGGUUGGGGAAGUUUAUACAGGAUGUGAAUGUUCUGAAGAAGACGAACUUCAACACUAGGGAUGGUUUUCUGGAGCUCGUCGCAACUGGAGGGGAGGGGUUUUACUACUUCGUGGAGCAAUUUGUCUGGCUGGUUAAAGCAGGGCUGAUUGAUAAACGUCACUCAAAGCGACUCACCAAAAUAAGUGCGUGGGCGGAGUUCAUAGGAUACUUUGGCAGUGUUGCACUGAAGAGUAUCCAGGUAUCGAUAUAUCUCGAACAGGAAGCAAAGCUGCUGCAGGGCAUGCGAAAAAAGGCAGAAGGUGGGAUAAGUCCUGUAUCUGAGAUCAAAGAGCUCCAAGCAUUGCAAGGCAAACGUCUGAUGAAGACCCUGUCUAUCAUUCAGGACCUAGCUGACAGUUUAUUAGCGUUGACAGACAUUCGAGAAACCAAAGGAGUCUUAGACAACCCGUUUCUGCUAGCAUUUGCAGGUUUGCUUUCAGCUCUCAUUUCCGCUCAAAAGAAUUGGAAAAAUUGCUGAAGAAAUAGGGUGGAGCUGGAAUAGUUAGUGCCAACACUUGACCACUGCGUCAAGUGUCCGAAUCAACCACGGGCUAUUCGUGGUGUUGGAUGUUUGAUAAUGGUAUUACUCUAGCCGGAUGAACCGGACAUAACCUAUUUGAAAGUGACCGUUUAUGAAA